CGGUCGCUUGGCAGUGAGAGAAAGGGCUGAAAGGCUCUCCCAGGCGGGUGGAUGGAACCGAGAGCUAAGCCCUCUCUUCCUUGGAUGUGAGUGCGGGAGGGUGCUGGGAGUCUUGAGAAGCACGGACGGUGGGGAGGAGGCACAGGAGAGCUCUUCUCCGUUUCCGUCGCCUGCCUUCAAACUCAAAACGCUUUCCACGCGCAGAGGACGCGGGGUUCCAAGCGCGCGAGCGCGCGCCUUCGCCGCCCGCGUGUCUCCAGGUGGGCAGCCGCCGCACGGGAGGAAGGGGAAGUUACCUUCCCCUCGGAAGAGGGCGCUGGCUCCCCCACCCUGCCUUUAUUAUAAGGCCGCAGGAGGAGAGGAAGCAGCCAGCUGCCGUCUGAGCUUUGCAAAGCAUGCAGUUAGGCGAGCAGCUCCUGGUGAGCUCGGUGAACCUGCCCGGCGCGCACUUCUACCCGCUAGAGGGUGCGCCGCGCGGCCCGGGCGGCGGGAGUGCGGGUCACCUCCCCCGCGCUGCCCCCUCGCCGCAGAGGCUGGACUUGGAUAAAGCGCCGAAGAAGUUCUCGGGCAGUCUCUCGUGCGAGGCCGGGAGUGGGGAGCCCGCGGCCGCCAGCGCGGGGGGGCCCGCGGCUAUGCUCAGUGACGCGGACGCCGGGGACGCCUUUGCCAGCGCCGCGGCCGUGGCGAAGCCCGGGCCCCCGGACGGCCGCAAGGGCUCCCCCUGCGGGGAGGAGGAGCUGCCCGCCGCCGCGGCCGCCGCGGCCGCCGCCGCUGCGGCCGCGGCCGCCGCCACCGCGCGCUACUCCAUGGACAGCCUGAGCUCGGAGCGCUACUACCUCCCGUCCCCCGGGCCGCAGGGCUCCGAGCUGGCCGCGCCCUGCUCGCUCUUCCCGUACCAGGCUGCGGCCGGGGCUCCCCACGGCUCGGUGUACCCGGCUCCCAACGGGGCGCGCUACCCUUACGGCUCCAUGCUGCCCCCCGGCGGCUUCCCCGCCGCGGUGUGCCCACCCGGGAGGGCACAGUUCGGCCCCGGCGCGGGCGCGGGCGGCGGUGCGAGCGGCGGCGGCGGCGGUGGCGGAGGCGGCGGCGGCGCGGGAGGCGGCCCCGGCGCCUACCAGUACAGCCAGGGGGCACCGCUUUAUGGCCCUUACCCAGGCGCACCCUCCGCGGGUUCUUGCGGAGCGUUGGGGGGCCUGGGCGUCCCGGGUUCCGGCUUCCGUGCCCACGUCUACCUGUGCAACCGACCUCUGUGGCUCAAAUUCCACCGCCACCAAACCGAGAUGAUCAUCACGAAACAGGGCAGGCGUAUGUUUCCUUUCCUGAGCUUCAACAUAAACGGACUGAAUCCCACCGCUCACUACAACGUGUUCGUAGAAGUGGUGCUGGCAGAUCCCAACCACUGGCGCUUCCAAGGGGGCAAAUGGGUGACCUGCGGCAAAGCUGACAAUAACAUGCAGGGCAACAAAAUGUAUGUUCACCCAGAGUCUCCGAAUACUGGUUCCCACUGGAUGAGACAGGAGAUUUCCUUUGGGAAAUUAAAACUCACCAAUAACAAAGGCGCCAAUAACAACAACACACAGAUGAUAGUCUUACAGUCUUUACACAAGUAUCAGCCACGACUACACAUUGUUGAAGUUACGGAGGAUGGCGUGGAGGACUUGAACGAGCCUUCGAAGACACAAACCUUUACAUUCUCAGAAACACAGUUCAUUGCAGUGACAGCCUACCAAAAUACUGACAUUACUCAGCUAAAGAUUGAUCAUAACCCUUUUGCAAAAGGCUUCAGGGACAACUAUGAUUCCAUGUACACCGCUUCCGAAAAUGACAGGUUAACUCCAUCUCCCACGGAUUCUCCUAGAUCCCAUCAGAUUGUCCCUGGAGGUCGGUACGGCGUUCAGUCCUUCUUCCCGGAGCCCUUUGUCAACACUUUACCUCAAGCCCGAUAUUAUAAUGGCGAGAGAACCGUGCCACAGACCAACGGCCUCCUUUCACCCCAACAGAGCGAAGAGGUGGCCAACCCUCCCCAGCGGUGGCUUGUUACGCCUGUCCAGCAACCUGGGACCAACAAACUAGACAUCAGUUCCUAUGAGUCUGAAUAUACUUCCAGCACCUUGCUCCCAUAUGGUAUUAAAUCUUUGCCCCUCCAGACCUCCCAUGCCCUGGGGUAUUACCCUGACCCCACCUUCCCUGCAAUGGCAGGAUGGGGUGGUCGAGGCUCUUACCAGAGGAAGAUGGCAACCGGACUCCCAUGGACCUCCAGAACAAGUCCCCCAGUAUACUCUGAAGAUCAACUCUCCAAGGAGAAAGUCAAAGAAGAAAUCAGUUCUUCCUGGAUAGAGACACCCCCUUCUAUCAAGUCUCUGGAUUCCAAUGAUUCGGGGGUGUACACCAGUGCUUGUAAGCGAAGGAGGCUCUCUCCUAGCACCUCUAGUAACGAAAAUUCUCCCUCCAUAAAGUGUGAGGACAUUAAUGCUGAAGAGUACAGCAAAGACACCUCAAAAGGCAUGGGGGGGUACUAUGCUUUUUACACAACUCCCUAGAGAGGUAUUUUAACCUCCUUGUAAAAUGAGCUAACUUUUUGCAGAUGAACUCGGUGGUGUUUUGUUGUUGUUAUUGUCUUCUUUGCCUAGGUUGCCAAAAAAGAAGUUUGCCUUCCACCUUGAUGCAUCCUGUUUUGUGCAAUUCUCUAAAAGAAGGUGCCAAAGCUUUUUAAUUGCUGCAGGUAACUGAAACAAACCUAGCCACUUUUUUUUCUUUUUAAAAAUAAAGUUAAUGGAGGACUUAAAAGUGCUUUUUUAAAAUUUGAAGGUUGUUCAAGGUUCUGGAUUAUUUAUUGGAAACACUAAAUCAGCAAGAGUCAGGCUGUGAAGAAGAGUGAGUGCUGAGCGCUAUCAAAUGAGCUGAAAGCUUUGCUUCUCAUUUCUGUUUGUAAAUCUUUAAGCAAAUAGGAGCCCAGAGUGCUAAGGUCUUGUGCUUCUGGAAGACAAGGCCUGUGCCUUGAGCUCUAAAAGGAGACUUCUUGCUAAGGAUAAAAGAUGUUAGUUAGGUCCCAGAGGCAAGAAAAAUGUGCAGGUGCUGGUUUUACCUGACUUGGAUGCCUGCCUGGGUUUUGAAACAAGCCAUCUCUGCCCUAGUACAAGAUGGCCUCACUCCAUCCACUUUUGCUCUUUGCAGGCACUGCCUGUAGGACUUGAGGGGCCAUGGGAGGGAAUUGCCAAAAAAAAAAAAGAGAAUAAAAUAGAGAAUUAUAAAGUGUACAGUUGUGUGUGUUUAGAUACACUGUAGAAUAACAUGGAAUAUAUUGUACAAAUAGCC